GGCAUUUUAAGGGAAAUAGGAUGCAAUAUCAAGAUUUUAAAAAUAGAGUGUAAAGUCCAAUAUCACCUAAAAAGUGGGGUGCAAAGUCAAAAUCACCCUAUAAAAAUUGUUUUUUUUGUAGAUACAAUUGUGUGAUCCCUUUACUAAAAAUGAAAACAAAUUGUCUAUGCAUAAAGAGCAUUCUUCAAAUAAAAUAGACCACCUAUGGAUUAUUUUAUUUUUAAAGACUUUGAUGGAGGGAAAUAUUGUGGGAUGAACUCUUUACAUAGUCGUUGGUCCCAAGUUCAGAAAUGAUAUUGAUAGAAAGAAUAUAACCACCUUUAUGCUUCAUCUCUAACCAAAAAUGGAAAUAGUUCGAGUCUAAUAGCCUCAUCGGAAACUUCAUUCAUCUUGAUGGUAUUGCAAGCUCUUAAGAAUCUUGUGAUGUGUCCUUAUGCAUCCUCAUUAACUUCUCCUCCAAAUUGGUCAUACGACACUAAGCCUAUAGUGGAGGUUUUGAGCUCAAAACUGUUGGCUUCAACUUGUGGAUACUGGGUACUUUCAUGAGCUUGGUUGUGAGGCUCUACAUCAUCCGCAAUAGAAUGUUCGGGUGCCCGCUCAUAGUUUCCACCUCGAUGUCCAUAAUUGAAAGCUUGGUUAAAUGGAUAAUUAAAUAGACCACCACCUUGGUAGAAAGGGGUUCCUUGAUUAAAUGGACCACUUUGAAAGUAGAGGUCACCACCUUGAUUGAAUUGGCCAACUCCUUGAUUGAAUUGGACACCACCUUGAUUGAAUUGGCCAACUACUUGAUUAAAUUGGACACGACCUUGAUUAAGGGCUUGUUGGACAUUCCCUGAGGAUAGCUAGGUAUAAGUUCCCUUGUCACUCUCACGAUCAAGGGAGUACUAAGGGAGUACUAAUAGCAAUCUAAAGUCAUGAAAAGAAGAGCAACCAACAAUUUUCCCCUACCUUCUCCCACUCUCAUGGAGAGGGGGUAGUGUGUGUGUGUGUGUAUGUGUGUGUGUGUAUCAAAAGGAACCCUACAAGUCUCCUUGAGUGAUCAAAUCAACAUCUAAGAACAUUGUGACCAUCAAAGUUUUAGAAAUUCAAAGAAGCAUUUUCACAAACACAUAGAAUGCAUAAUAUAUUUCUGAAGUUCCUUCAAAUCAAACCCCAAAACCUAUAACCUCACAUGAUUGAAUGAUCCUUAAACAUCCCCAAUCCCUAAUCCUAUUACUCACUCAUGCUAGAUUUCAUAUCCAUAAAGCAUAUGCAAUACAAACUCAUGAAAUGAAACAAAAAGAUAAGGGAAGAAGAUUUAGGGAAAUAAUGUAAUCUAAGAUAUUGUUUUGUGGAUUAUUCUUCUAAAUCUAUUAUAGUAUCUGCUCAUGUUAAUGACAACAUCCUUGAUUGAGAUUAGACUUGAAUCUGCGAUCUCCUCUUUGGGAGAUCGACAGUGAUACCAGACCACAAGGUAAUCUAAUAUAUUAAAUGCAAGAAGAAUAAGUAUUUGAUGUAAAUAAAGAUUAGGAAUUCAAUACAUAAGAGUUCAAGAAAGUUUAAGUCAAAACUAGGGUUUGCAAGAAGAAAUAUCGUGCAAAAACUACUCCCUCCGUUUCAGUUUGGUUGACAUAGUUUGAUUUGUCAACAUUUAAGGAAAACAUUUACUAAGGGGUAAAUUUUACUGUAUGGGCACUGUUUGGACACUAUUUGAACACUGUUUGGACACUGUUUGACACUGUUUGAACACUGUUUGACACUGUUUGACACUGUUUUGUUUACCAAAUGGGAAGUGUGGCAUUCAUUUUGAAACGUCCAAAAAAGGAAAGUGUGUCAACCAAACUGAAACGGAGGGAGUAUGAAAUUCGGAUGAAAAGAGGGUAUUUAUUAUACAAGGGGAAAACGAGGAAACGCUGGGAAGGAUCAUCUUCCCUUUUGGAGGAACAUAAAGAGGAACGCUGCCAGGAGUGUCGUUCCUCCCAUCUCGUUUACUCUUAACUCACCCCUUACUAUCAUCACAAAUCCCGAAUUCUAGUUCACCGGAAGCCAACAAGGAGUAAAUUAUUGCUUCAAUUGCCAACCCAUUUGUAAUGAUGAGUUUCUCAUUAGUGAUUGCCCUAGUAUGGAAUAAGGAUGUUUUCUUUUGGACUGAAAUUUGCUGGUCUGGUCUGAUCUGGUCUGUUUAAGUCUGGUCUGGUCUGGUCUGGUCUGGUCUGUUUAAGUCUGGUCUGGUCUGGUCUGGUCUGAACUGGUCUGGUCUGGUCUAGUAAACGUCUGGUCUCUGUGUAUUUUAUAACUACGGAAGUCUGGUCUGGUCUGGUCUGUUUAAGUCUGGUCUGGUCUGGUCUGAUCUGUUUAAGUCUGGUCUGGUCUGGUCUGGGACUGAAAACAGUCCAAAAGAAAACAUCCUAAGUAUGAGGGGAAAUACAAAGUGGUAAGAUAUUGAAACUUCAGUACAUACCGCUCUUGUUAUAUAUAAAAUACCAUGUUUACCGAAGAGUUUGAUAUACCGACACUUUUGAAACCAUACAAUAGUAUACCUGUAACAUCGGACCUGAAUUUUUUUCUGUGAGAAUUUUUUUUCAACAAUUAUUGAUACAAAGAAGGUAAAUCAAGACUAAGAGUAGUCUUGAUAAAUAAGAAAGUAAAAUUUUGUCUUAAAUUAAUAAAGGGUUAUUAAUUUUGUCGUGGAACCUCUCGUGAUAUUCUAAGUUCAUUUAUAAAAUAUUAAUGUUUACCAAAAUGAUACUAUUAUGAUAGUAGGGAUGGGUCAUGGACCCAGUGAUAUAAAGAAACGACAACUAGACAGCCAAGCGGGCCGAGGUCUCUAUUCGAUAAUUGUGAAUCAUUAAUCAUCAAACUGAUAAUUAUUCGGAAGGCUAUGAAUUAAUAACAGAAGGAAUAUAAAUGUUUUAAAAACCCAAAAUAAUGGGAUGAUAAUGUAUGAUUAAAUUGACAUAUUAGAGGUGGGUACUUUUGGAGGACCCUACCUUGAAGAUAUUUUCAUAUAAGAAUAAACAGAUAAGAUUUUAUCUGCUUAUACAGUUGGGACCUCUUAAAAACAAGUGUAACAUUUUAUUAAAGUGUCACAAAAUAUGAAAACACAUAUUUAAUCAUUAGGAAUGAUGAAUGAAUUUUUAAAACAACGUGUUGUCAUUUUUACUGUUACUUGAACAGUAAAAUGCACAUUGGGCCCACACAUGGGCAGGGACCAUCCGAUAUUUACAGACCACAUAUUAUAUUCACCUUGGUCUAGAUAAUAUUUACAUGAUGGUGUAAAUUAAUGUUGAGCCAUAAAGUUGACAUUUCGAUCAAACGAGGUCCCAUUACCGGUGUAGGUAAUUAAACUGAUAAUAGCCCGAAAUGAAUUUCGGCGACCACUAAAUUAAAUUUGGGUAAUAUAUAUUCAUUUUAGAGGCCAAUAUUAAUGGGAAGAAUGAUAUAUAUUUUAUUUAACACGAUAAAAUAAAAUAUAAUUGAAACAGUCCAGAAAAUACAACUUUCGGGACCGAUUGUACACUUUUGGACUUAAAGGGAUGACCUCCCACAUUAGUGGGGGCCACCCCACGAAAUUAUUCAGCAAAGUAGACAAAGGGACGGCUGUAUAAUGGUAGGAAAGAGAUAGGAAGUUGGCUUGAAGUGAUGAGCAUCAAUGAGAGACAUAUGUGGACCCUUUUCCUUAAUAUUAUGGGUGGAAUGAGCCAAAAGGACAUCAAUCUCUCUCCCCUCAAUGACCCACUCGGCCAGCACCAUCAAGAGAGUGAGAAGAACCUCUCUAAAAAUACCUCCAUAGCCAUGAACCGAGCUCAAGGAGGAAGAAGGCUCAAGGAAGAAGAAAAGCUUGGAAAAAAAGAGAAAAACUUAGUAAAACCAAGGAAUUUUACCAAGGUAUUCUAGACUUCUCGAGGAAUCUAGGAGUGGCCGGAAAUUCGCUGGAGCCGCCGGAGUUUCGCCGGAAAAUUCCAAAAGUUACCGGAGUUCAAACAAAGAGGAUAAAAGCUUGCUAGCGUCAUUUCAAGGUGAGUGGACGACUACGUGUCUUGUAACUCUUGAGUCAAACGUGGGAUUACCUAAAUAAAAUCAUAAUCAUUAUUUGAGAAAUGAUUAAAUGGAUUAAAAUGCAUGAUUAGUCAUAGUGAAUAUGAAUUAUGAAAAUAUUAUAUGGUUAAUGAAUAAAAGAUUUAUUUGUGGAUUAACCAUGAAUAUGUUAUUGUCAAAUGUAUAACAAUGCAUACAUGAACUAUGUAUGAGACAACUAGAGUAAUCUAGUGUAUGAAUAUGUAAAGAAAUGUAUAAAAGUGUUUAAACAUGUGAUUAACUAUAUUGAUGAUAAGUUAUGCGAAAAUGACAUGAUUAAUGAGUAAUUGAAUCAUUAAUACUUUUGAUGAAGGAUAAUCAUGAAUGAUUAAUUUGGAAAUUAACCAAGGAAAUUCAAGAUGGUAUUCUUGAAGGAUUCAAGUUUUUAAUCAUGCAAGCCAUUAAAGUGAAUUUAGUUUAUGAGAAAUAAACUAAGGUAAAAAAUACAAGGUAUGAUUAAUUAAUAUAAAUGAUUUUGUUGGCUCAUUUGAGAAAUGACCAAAGUAACUCAAGUAAUAUUCUUGUAACUAUUUUAGAAAUGCUUAAGAGUGCAUGUUACUAAAAUGAUCUAGUUGUGAGGGAUAAACUAGAAUAAAAUGUAUAAAUGAUUAAUAAGUAUGAAAUACUUAUUAAUAGUUGUGAGACUAUAAUAUUCUAAUUGAAUGAUGAAUCACGAAUGGCUCAUCUCAUGAGGUGAUUAAAGGAAAUGCAAGGUGGUAUCCUUGUGAAGAAUUAAAGGUGCUUAAGCAUGCAAGUUAUGAAAGCAAACUAGUUUAUGAGAUAAAAGUAUUAUACAUGAAAAUGAUUGGAAAUAUUUAUAUAAAAUAUAAGAUAUGUUCGAAUGGCCAAAAUAGCAUUUAUUGAUUGUAUUGGACAUAAUACAUAUUGUGUAAAAAUUUCGGGCCAAACGGAGCACGUUUCGGGGGUCAACUCAGAGGUCAACGGGCCGUUGACCCAAAACUUCGAACAUACUGGGCGCCGGGUAUAGGGCAUACCCGGGGCCGGGUAAGCUGCUGCCUCCAAUUUUCGUUUUCGCCGAAAACGCGAAUCGGAGCCUGGUUCGACGUGGGAUUAAUUCUAGCCAUCCUAUAUAUGAAUAUUUUGCAUGGAAUUGCAUGAACUAUGAUGUUUAAAAUGCUAAGGCUUGUAAUACGGAUUAAACGCUAAGACUUGGACUAGUCGUUAGUGAAUAAAUUAUAGACCACGACUGGGCGAGGUACGUGGUAGAUUAUACAUGGCGGGUGAAUACCCGGGACCAAGUAAGGUUAUAUAAUACUCUGUAGGACCAGGAGGAGUCCUCUACACGCAAACUUUAACAAGGGUAAAUGCAGUCCUUGAGGUGUGUUUAACCUCCAUCAAAUUGCAUAUAGGUAACAAGGGCAAAUGCAGUCCUUGAGGUGUGUUUAACCUCCAUCAAAUUGCAUAUAGGUAACAAGGGCAAAUGCAGUCCUUGAGGUGUGUUUAACCUCCAUCAAAGUGCAUAUAGGUAACAAGGGCAAAUGCAGUCCUUGAGGUGUGUUUAACCUCCAUCAAAUUGCAUAUAGGUAACAAGGGCAAAUGCAGUCCUUGAGUUGUGUUUAACCUCCAUCAAAUUGCAUAUAGGUAACAAGGGCAAAUGCAGUCCUUGAGGUGCGUUAACCUCCAUCAAAGUGCAUAUAGGUAACAAGGGCCCGUGUAGUCUUUGAGGUGUGUUUAACCUCCAUCAAAUUACACAUAGGUAACAAGGGCCCGUGUAGUCCUUGAGGUGUGUUAACCUCCAGUAAAUUACACAUAGGAUGAGGGUGUAUGCGUACUCCUCAAGGCGGGGUUAUCCCGGAAAUGAAAACUAUGAUAGCAAGGACGAAUAGUCCUCGAGGUAGGUGAACCUCGAAGUAAUGAUUUUAAAUGAUUAAACGUGCUUGAUCGGGAACGAGUUUCCGAUAGGAUAUUUUCCUUGGUCUAGGAAUUGAUUUAAACCACAUCCGUGAUAUGGGAGUCUGAAUGGCCCCACAGUAAUUAUAUAUUGAUAUCGAGUGAGUUAGCCUGCGGGUGACUCCACUCGAGGGUAAGAUACGGGAAGGGUGAAUUUAAUGAGGCUGUCACGCCUAAAUGAUUUGAAGAACAAAUGGGCCUACGGGCCAGAUAUUUUACUCAUAUGUAUAUAUGUAUACGUUUUGUUUUGAAAAGGGGUAGCUAAGAGUUAUGCCCAUAAUUAUACUAUCACCCUAUUUUGAGGGUCUCACAUGAGAAACGUUAGUUACAUUACAUACAGUUUGCCCUCACCAGUACUUUUCUGUAGUACCGAUCCCUCGGGGGAACCACCCUUUCAGGUUGAAGCUAGAGCUUACCUCCUGCACCCGUUGCUCGAGAGAUCGAUGGAGAGAAGACGUGGUUCGUGCUUCCUCUCGUUCUAUUUUUAAAUAAUUAAAAAAAUGCUCAUGGAACUAUUUUGACUUAUAAAUUAAUGAAGCCUGCGAGCUCUUGUUUUACCCUUGUGUGGGUUCUUAUUAAACACUUAUAUUCCGCUAUGUGUUUAAUUGUAUGUUGAUGUUGUUAUGUAUGUUUACUAAUCGGUUUUGGCAUAUGUAUCUAUCGGACGUCUUGUGCAAUUCAGUAAGGAUGAACUGCGGUUAUUCUUAUUGGGUUGUACGACGGUUGUCCACGUGGCACAGACGCGGUCUGGGGCGUGACAAUACCGAUUUAGAAGCUGUUCUCUUCGCCUGAUCUGAAUGUUUCUGAUCUGAAUUUUUUAAGUUCUGAUCUGAUCUGAUUUUUAACGACAAGAUCAAGCGAGUUGUUGCUGCGGAAGCGAAUAAGGACUUUGUGGAUAUACUUUUCAGUUUUCUCACCCUUCCAAUGGGAACCAUUAUCAGGCUCACCAGCAGCUCUGCUCAGCUAGCAGAAACACCUAUAAGCAUUGGAUGCAUGAACAAGAUAUACCAAAGUUUUCAAAAUCUAGAUAGUGAGUAUUGGCAGACAGAACACUGUAAGAGCAUGCUUCUGAAUCCAAGAAAUAUCUUUGUCAGCUACUGCAAGAAGUUGAAGAUUAAUAUUGAUGAUUCAGGGUCUGAAAUCACAUAGGGCUGUUCCAGGGAGGGUUGCUCACAUUAUAGCAUGUACCAAAAUGUUAGUUGCCGUUGUGAAGAGGGGAGGACCACCAAAGAAAGGGAGUCGGUCGAAAAGAAUGUCUCAAGUCAAGAGGGGGUCUUUUUGAAGGGAGGAAUAGUGUUCAUAAUCAGUGAUGAUUUACAGGUUAGGCCUGCCACUCCAUCUGUUCUUGCUCAACUUAUGCCUGACAUCAGUUCAAGAGAAGGGAGUAAAAUCAGAGAGAUGCAUGUAAAAGUUUCCAUGGCUGAGGUUAUCUGCUUGUUUGCACGCUCACUGAUCUCUCAGUCUCCUUUAAGUGACGUUUUUCUCUCUAAACUUUCUGGAUAUGGAAUGGUGGGAAUCCAGAGGAAACCGUCAAAACUUGGGACUUCUUUUUCAUCCCCAACUGCCGCCGCAGUAGACACGGCUAAGGAGAAAGUUCCUACUCUGGAUCUUAAAGUGACGUGUAUUAAGUCGACAAACAAGAUAUUGUUUGGUGAAGCAACAGAUGAGUUCUUUGAUUUCCUUUGCAGCUUCCUGACAACUCCUGUUGGAGCAAUGAUACGGGUUUUGGAAAGGCAGUCGGGGUUGAAAUGCUUGGAUAACCUGUACACAAGUGUGCUGGAGUUGGAGCAGAAAUGGUUUCAUUCGUCCGACAAGUGUGGAUUACUCAACCCACAUAUUGCGGAACAUCAUGAGUGCAAGAAGCAGCCGCUCAGAUUUGCUUUUGGCAGAAGAUCUUAUUAUGGGCCUAAUAACCCUAAGGGCGGGUUUUCUUCUAAUUUUGCUGUGGAACCAUCUGUGUUCUUGGUUUCGGAUGAUUUUGAAGUGAAGCCACUUUCUGUUGCCUCCUGUUUCCUCUUACUAAAUGAAUUACAAAUUCCUUUUGAUCAGACUGAAGAGAAACGGGUUACUGUGGGUAUGAAAGAGGCGAUGAGCUUACUGAAGGCUGCUCUCACAUCACCAUCAUCUGCUCUUACAAAUGGCUUGGGCCCCUUCUUGCUGAAGCGCGAACCCUAGCCCCACCAUUUAUAAAUGCCUCUAUGAAAAUCUGAGGGAGAGCUUCAAGCGUUGAAAGUUCAGUUAUAUUUAUCCAGUAUCCUCAUGAUCCCAAGAAUGUUUUUUUGCUCUCGGUAUCCUUUUUGUACUUUGAACUCAACUAUGGUGUACGGAGUAUUAUUCUCUAAUUAAAACUCCUCUUUGUUUCUUAA